CAGAGAACCAAAAGGGUAACUUUGUUAGAAGAAGAUGAUCCGGCGAGAGAGCAGGAGGAAAUCCCGAGCCGAUGCCCCCAACAUCACAGAAGGCGGCACCCUCCCAGGUGCCGGCAGGAUUUCCCGACGGAAGAGUCGGCGGCGGAUGACCUGUCCUAACCCUCGGGAGAUCAAUCAGGCCUUGGCCUCCAUCACCUUGGGAGAUCUGAACCGAUCCUGUACCCUGGAUGAGCUGAUCGAAAAAUGCCUUCGCUCCUUUGAUUUGGAUGGAAACCUCUGCACCAGCGACUUCAUGGUAAACAUGACACUGACGGCUCACAGCUGGGUGGUGUCGUCUGCAGAGCUGGCCCGCCUGCUCCUCGCCUCAUACCAAGAAGCAUCUCAGAAGAAACAGCAAGAGCGCCAGCUAAGGAUCUGCCACUUCAUCCGGUACUGGCUCCUCAACUACCCCGAGGCCUUUCACCUGGACCCACACCUGGAGGAGGCUAUUGCGGAGAUCUUGGAGGUGGUGAGGAAAGAGGGCCAGGGGGAACACAGUCACCUGCUGAACACCUCCGGCACGAUGACCCGGACGUGGACCCGAUCCCUCAGCUGCCAAAGCAGCCCCGGCUGCGGCAAGAAGAGGAAAGUGUCCCUGCUUUUCGAUCACCUCGACGCAGGGGAGUUGGCCAACCACCUCAGUUACCUGGAGUUCAAGGCAUUUUGCCGCCUCUCGUACUUGGAUUUCCAGAAUUACGUGCUGCGGGGGUCUGUGCGGGGCAGUCCAGCCCUGGAGCGCGCCAUAGCCUUGUGCAACAGCAUCUCCCAGUGGGUGCAGGUCAUGGUCCUCAACCGACCCACGCCCCAGCAGCGGGCGGAAGUAUUCACCAAAUUCAUUCGUGUGACUCUGAAGUUAAGACAACUGCAGAACUUCAGCACCCUCAUGGCCAUUGUGGGGGGGCUCUGCCACAGCGCCAUUGCCCGCCUCAGGGACACCCACGUGCUCUUGCCUUCUGAGAUCACUAAGACGCUGUCCGAGAUGACGGAGUUGCUCUCCUCGUGUGGCAACUACAGAACGUACCGGCGGAUUUAUGCCGAUUGCGAUGGCUUCAAGAUCCCCAUCGUCGGCAUCCACCUCAAGGACCUGGUGACUUUGCACGAGGCCAUGCCCAACCACGUGGAUGGCGGGCGGCUCAACUUAAGCAAGCUGCAGAGUUUGUACGAGCCGGCGAGGGAACUCCGGCUUCUGCAACAAGCCAGCCCUCCGCUCGAAGCCAACAAAGAUCUGGUGCACCUACUCACGCUCUCCCUGGACCUCUACUACACGGAUGAGGAGAUCUACGCUCUCUCGUACGCCCGUGAGCCAAGAGGCCCCAAAUCACUGCCUCCUACACAGUUCAAGCCCCCCGUGGUCGUGGAGUGGGCACCGGGGGUGACUCCCAAGCCUGACCGGAUCACCGUCAAGAGGCACGUCCAGCAAAUGAUUGAGACUGUGUUCAAGAAUUACGAUCCUGAGCAACGGGGUUACAUCUCUGAGGAGGAUUUCGAGAUCAUCUCCACGAGUUUCCCCUUCUCCUUCUAUGGGCUGGAAAGAGAGCGGGAAGGCGCCUGGAGCAGGGAAGAGCUGUCCGAGUAUUUAAUGAGGGCCUGUGCCAUCUUCUCCAAACUGGGCCUCGGGUUCCUGCACAACUUCCAAGAGGCCACCUUUAAGAAGCCACAUUUUUGUGACAGCUGCAAUGGCUUUCUCUGGGGAGUCUCCAAGCAAGGAUACAGAUGUCGGGACUGUGGGAUGAUCUGUCACAAGCAGUGCAAGGACCAAGUGGAGGUGGAGUGCCAGCGGCGCUUCCAUUCCUGCAACUCUGAGAGCACCCUGUCUCGGACUGCCACGCCGGCCAUCACCUAUCACCGUAGCUCUGGCUCGGAGGAGGAAGCUUUCCUCUUUCCACCGAGACGAGAGCACAGCAAAAGCCCCAACCUGGCGCUGUCGAGCCCAGCGGGCAGGCGGCAGAUGAAGCACGCCAGCACCCAGACAGACGCGGACAGUCCACAGGAGCCACGGGGACACAGCAAGAGCCUAAAGCAACUUUUGGAAGAGCUGAAGGAGGUGGAAAAGGAACGGGACAGGCUGCUGCUGGUCAACCAGAGCCUUCAGAGCUGCAACUCGCAGCUGGAGGCUGAGAACAGCUGGCUGCUGAAGGCAGAUUCAUCGAGCCUGCCACCCUUCUCCUGCUGGAAGGCCUUGGCCGCCUACAACUCGCACCUGCCUCCCAAGCCCAACUGAGCCAAGGGCACGGGAACGGUGGGCUACAGGCACAAACGUGGAACCUCUCAAGGAAACGAACAGAGAGAAGGGACAUGGCGCUCAACGGUGGAGAAUAUGGAUGCUCUGCAUACAGAAGGCCUUGGGUUUGGUCCGUGGCUGGAAAUGGAUGCUGCUGCCCUGAAGCCACUGCCAUUCCUUGCCAAUAAUACGGAGCUGGAUGGACAAGCAGCCGGAAUCAAGCUAAGGGGCUUCCUUUGUUCCUAAUAAAAGGACUAUUUCUUGAACAGAG